GGGCGCUCCACUCUCAAGUAAACUUAUUUCGAGCCAAAGGCAGUGAGUCGAGAUGAACACAGUCAGUUAUAUGAAGCGAUGUACAGGGCAACAAGAAAAGAUUUGCAACCCGAAAAAGCCAGCUUACGUCUUAUAGACAGAUCAUAUUUGCUAUUCGUUUUUUAAUUCCGUUCAACAAAAUAAGGACAGAGACAUGCGCAUUUUUCACGCAAAACUAGGUUGAGGGUAGAGAGCCGUUGACCUCAUCGUGGUGGGAGAAAUGUAAUAAAUCACACACGUUCACUUCUUUUUAACGGACAAAUGAAACACUGCAGGCGCGUGGAAUAAGAACUCUGCUCUCCCACCUUUGUGUGAAAAUUAUAUCAAAUCUCAUUAUCGAUAAUCGUUCUGUAAAUAGCAUCCCUUUUCAAUAAUCGAGUCCAAUAUGCUAUUAGUGCCAUCUGAGUAUAUUUGAACAGACACACAGAUGGAUUACAAAUUAUAAGAAACCACUUCAUCACGAAACCACCAGUGAAAACAAACAGCUAAUUUCAAACAAUUUGGAAAUGUGGAAAUAUCAGGUGGCGAGUAACCAAAGAAACGACAGUUCAUAAUAUAUAGCCUAUGAGCUUAGAUAUAACAAAAUUGGGUAAGAGGCAAUAAAAAAAUUUAGUUCCAAGUCAGGAAGGAAUAAGAGAAUGAAGUGAUCAAAAUAGAUACAGGUUUUGAAAAAUGAGAAUAACUGGCCAAUACUGCCCAAUUCGUACUAAUACUAGUGAUUUCUCAAGGAUGCUCGUCACACUACUAUUUUGGAAUUCAUUUCUAUAUUUCCAAGCAGAAUUCCUUUUUAAAAUAAAUUUCAUUUAACGAUGCAGUGGUAGAAAUAGCCUAACCAUGGCGCUGGAAGCUCAUGCGAUAAGAGUACCAAGCGGAGUACCGCCGGGAAAUUUUGCUUCCAAAUUAAUAAAAGCUAUUCACGUGGACAGUAGAAAUCAUGUUUUUCCUGCAGACGGACCCUACGCCAACGAAAGCAGGAUGUCUUCGUAUGGAAGAGGUUCCGGAGAAUUCCCAAAAGAUAUUCGAGUAGAAAUUCCAUUGGAACAUCCACAUGAAGGAAGGAAUAAUCCACAGCCAACGAAGGGUUUCAUGGCUUGGAAGGUACCAAGUCGAUAUGCACAAGGUCGUGGAGAUUCAAGAGAAGAUUUAUUCUUAGACGAUAUGGAGAGAGUACAUACAGCUGGUUCACAUUUUUCUCGUCCUCAGCAUGGUGCAACACAGACGACACACUUUGCCCCGCCCCACGGAAAAUUUGAGCCAAUCAAAUCAGAACAACAAGAACACAUGGAAGAAAUAAAGAAAAAGGAAGCCGCAUUGAGAAAACAUCUGGCAGAUAAAUGUCUUACUUUACCUAACAUAGCAAGAAGCGCCCCUGUUAAACGCACCACAAGAAGUAGACAAUCGGACCGAUUGACUCUCGAACCAAGAACUUAUUCUGCUGCUCAAAGAUGGUUGAAGAAGAAUCCAGGACAAGAAGAACUUGCGAAUAAGGUCUUACGGCAGACCAGCCGCACGGAAGUCGACAAGCUGCUUGAACAUACUUUACAACCAAACGCAAAGAAAGCAGUCAGAGAGUGGCUCAAAACCGCGUCAGAAGCAGACAGACAAGCUGCCUUGAAAUUUUUCCGGUCAAUUGGUGGAAGCAGGUUACUGGGAGGGCCAAGUGGUUAUCACCCAGACCGUAACAUUCAUGGGGACAGGGAUGCGAGAUUAAUGGCAGUGAUUAAUGCUUUACAAGAAAAACACGGACAACCGAACCAAGCAAGAGCAACAGCAAUGGACGAUAAACUGGCAACCUUGAUGAAGGCAGCUCACAGAAAACAUCUUAGACUGUUAUCGCCAAACACUAGAGUCCGAAGGACUGAAUUUCAGACAUGGCACCACAUGCCGGUAUAUCCGUGCACAGGACCGGUGGAAAACGUAUUGUCAAUGUAUACAAAGCCUAGAGCACCUUAUCCACAAAGUUUCCGAAUCCAUCCAGAGUGGGGAGCGUAACUCAUAAACAGCAAUAUAAAAACGUGAUAAUAGCAAGAAAAUUGGGGAAAUAAAACAUUCUUUUUAAUUCAAAAGACAGGAAACUGGUGU